CUAAGCUCAUUAGCGUAACCCGCCCGGAUAGUGUAUGUACAAGGUACACUUGGUAGGCGGAAGAGAAGAAAUUUCAACAAGACAGAAUAAGAAAAAGAGUCAAGAGAAAAAAAAAUAUGGCCACGAUCGACACAUCCCUCAUCCCCAACGCCACUGGCGCUGCCGCCUCGCUCGCCGCGCAACACGCCGCCCCGCACCGGCUGCGGCUCUACGGCGGCUGGUUCUGCCCCUUUGUCCAGCGCGCCUGGAUCGUCCUGGUCGAGAAGCGCAUCCCCCACCAGUACGUCGAGAUCAACCCGUACAAGAAGGAGGAGGCCCUGCUGCGGCUCAACCCGCGCGGGCUGGUGCCCACGCUGGCCAUCGACGAGGAUAAGGAAGAGGAGGAGGAGGAGAAGAGGGGGUCAAAAAGGAAGCAGCGGGCCCUGUACGAGAGCACCGUCAUCUGCGAGUACCUGGACGAGCGCUACGCGGACGAGGCACGCCACGGGCCCCGGCUGCUGCCGGGAUCGGGGCCGAGGUCGUCGUCGUCGUCACGGGAGCCAGGAGCGGAGGAGGAGGAGGAGGAGAAGGAGGGUGAAGAAGACGGGGCAUACGAGCGGGCGCGGUGCCGGCUGUGGAUCAACCACGUGGUCACGAGGGUGGUGCCCGGGUUCUACCGGCUGCUGCAGCACACGCCCGACAAGCCGUACCCGAUCGAGGAGGCGCGGGCCGAGUUCCUCAAGGGCCUGAGAGAGUUCGCCGCCGAGAUGGUGGCCUCGGGGAGCGGUCGGGCCGGGCCGUACUUCCUCGGCGCCCGGUUCAGCCUGGUCGACGUCGUGCUCGCGCCCUGGGCCAAGCGGCUGUUCCUGAUCGACCACUACAAGCCGGGCGGGGUGGGUAUUCCGAAGAAGGGCGAGAGGCGCCCGGGCGAGGAGGAGGAGGUCUGGGCCCGGUGGGACAGGUGGUUCGAGGCCGUCGUCGAGCGGGACAGCGUCAAGGCGACGUGGAGCGACGACGAAAAGUACGUCGAGGCGUACAGGCGGUAUGCCGAGGACACGACCCAGUCAGAGGUUGGCCAGGCGACGAGGCAGGGCCGGAUUCUGCCCUAAUAAUUAAGGGAUGACGGUUCCUUCUAGGUCUGAACACCUACGAGUUCAAUGAUGCUUUGUUUAUAUAAGUGCUUGAAAGAAGCAGUGAAUGAUAUUCUGCCACUCCGUUUACUGAGUUAUUACACCCGAAGAGAGGCAUUUCUCGACUCAGA